CGUGCUGCUGAAGUCUACGUGGCUGAAAAUAAAUCCAUAGAUUGGCUGACAAAGCAUUUUCAGCAACGCCCUUUUCUUUCUUAGGCAUCCCAAAUCAUGGGAAAUUGCAGACCACUUUUCUAUCUUCAAGUUCUUGUCUUACCAUGUUUCUCCUCAAGACAUGGAGAGCAACAGCUUUUGGCUUAUUUGGGUACAUGAAUUUCACAAAAUCUGGUUUCAUAGAACAUUCAAAGAAAUUUAAUCCAGAGGAUAUGCAAACAAAAAUUGAAGGCAAGAACUGUGUUGUCACUGGUGCAAAUUCUGGCAUUGGCUAUGCUACUGCUGAGGGUCUUGCAUCACGUGGGGCUAAUGUGUAUAUGGUAUGCCGGAACAAGGAGAGGGGUGAAGCUGCCCUUUCAAAAAUUCAGGAGGCAACUGGCAGUAAAAAUGUUUAUUUGGAGGUCUGUGAUAUUUCUUCCAUCAUCGAAAUCAAGUCAUUUACUUCCAGAUUUUCUUCAAAGGAUGUCCCUGUCCAUGUUCUGGUUAAUAAUGCUGGUUUAAUUGAAAAUCGGCGUGAAACAACUCCAGAAGGAUAUGAGCUCAAUUUUGCUGUUAAUGUACUUGGCACAUACACUCUGACAGAGUUGAUGCUGCCCUUGCUGGAGAAAGCUGCACCUGAUGCUCGUGUUAUUACAGUAUCCUCAGGUGGAAUGUACACAGCCCCUUUGAUGAAAGAUCUACAGUUUAGCAAUAACAAUUUUAAUGGUGUGGAACAAUAUGCACGGAACAAGAGAGUUCAGGUUGCACUGACAGAAAAAUGGGCUGAAAUUUACAAGGACAAAGGUAUUGCUUUCUAUUCAAUGCACCCUGGGUGGGCAGAGACUCCUGGAGUUGCCAGCAGUUUGCCUGGUUUCUCAAAAUCCCCAUGUUUUCAGGAUGUCUGGAAAACUUAGAACGAGCCAGGAAGGUGCAGAUACAGUGGUGUGGUUAGCUUUGCAGCCAAAAGAAAAACUACUACCAGGAGCAUUAUACUUCGACAGAGCUGAAGCUCCUAAACACCUGUUGUUUGCAGCUACAAAGGGUUCUCAUUCUGCUAUAGACUCCAUCAUUGAAAAUCUUCGCUCUAUGUCUGGUCUAUCCUCUUGAAUCCUGCUUCAUUUUCGCCAAAGAAUUUAUAUUUUGAUCCUUGUGGUGGACCAAACUUAAAUUAUUGUCCUUCCAACUCCUACUUCGUUAGGUUAUCUUUUUUUUUUUUUUUUUUUUUUCCGGACACGAUAAACCUAUACUUAUGCUAUAUUAGGGGGAGGGGAGGAUCUGAAGAAAUUCGAGGAGAAUCCGGACGGGUGCAUUUUAUCUCUUGAUCAAGUAGAGCUUUAAACCCCUCUUGGUGGCUAACUACUCCACGAGUAGUCGGUGUACUUCAUUAGGUUAUUAAUCCAUUCGAAAAAGAAGAAAAAAGAAAAAUACGCAAGAGAUUCUGAUGAUGACUCUGUUGCUGAUUCCAGCUAAAAGUUUUCUUCGUCGGCGGUGGGGAUAAAUGUGAUAUUGACCCUGCAGAGUGAUAAAUGAAAAGGCACAAGACCAAGGCUGGCGGCUUCUAGGACCUUCAGAGGGAUGAUAUUUUGCACAUUUAUGUAAAUUUACACGCUUAUCAGUCGGAGGAGAAUAAAUUUCUGUGCCGACACUCUUAAUUAAGUUGCUAUAA